AUGCUUCAUUACCGCACCGAGCGCUUCAAUGGGUCUGCCGUCAAGUACUCCCCCUUCUACGACAAUCGACUAGCCGUCAGUGCAUCAGCGAAUUUUGGCCUGGUUGGAAAUGGUCGUCUCUAUAUCCUUGAAUUAACUCCAAAUGGCAUUGUACCUGCAAAAAUUUAUACCACACAAGACGCUCUCUACGACGUCGCCUGGUCCGAAGUCCACGAGAAUCAAUGCCUCAUAGCCUCCGGAGACGGUAGCAUCAAAUUGUUCGACAGCUCCGUAAACGACUUCCCCGUACAAGCAUGGAAGGAACACAACCGAGAGGUGUUCUCCGUCCAUUGGAACCUCGUCGCCAAAGAAAACUUUUGCUCGAGUAGUUGGGAUGGCACAGUCAAAGUAUGGUCGCCUCAACGACCGCAAUCGCUUCUUACCCUGCCGACGCAUAGUUGCACGUAUUCGGCCGCGUUUUCGCCUCAUUCCCCGGAUAUUUUGUCGUGCGUGACAUCAGAUUCACAUAUUCGUAUUUUUGAUCUUCGUACCCCGGCCUCCGCGUCGAAUCAUUUGACCAUGCAAAUUCCGAUACAUGGCGGCGCUGCUUCAGCACCAGGCCAGGUUGGUAUGCCGCCGCAGGCCGCCGGCGCUACUCCUCCAUCAGAAUGUCUGACACACGACUGGAAUAAAUAUCGCUCUUCUGUUCUUGCUGCCGCCGGUGUCGAUCGUGUAGUUCGCACAUUCGAUAUUCGAGCACCACAUCAUGGUCCGAUGGCCGUUAUGCCGGGUCACGGUUAUGCAGUGCGCAAAUUGGCAUGGUCUCCACAUCUUUCCAGUCUUCUUCUCACAGCCAGCUACGAUAUGACUUGCAGAGUAUGGAAUGAUCGUGGUGAUGCGCAGGCAGAUGCGGACCCGAUGCGUAUGGGGCCUACUACUCCUAUUCUAGGGGAGGAGUUGGGUUGUAUGACCCAACAUACCGAGUUUGUGACUGGUGUUGAUUGGUGCUUGUUUGGUGCUGAGGGCUGGUGUGCCACAGUUGGUUGGGAUGAGAGUCUAUACGUUUGGGAUGUCAGGGCUUUUAUGAAGCAAUAG